CACAGCGUAAAGUGAACUGAUAAAAUGGCAGCCCCCAUGGAUUUUUUAGGAAAAGUGAGCCAAGCUUGAGUUACACGACGCUCUAGACUUUGAUUUCGAUGGAAAGGAAGUUCUGUUCUGAAGAUAUGUCCAGGUUUCAUGACAUUAUACUUAGAUUCGAAUCUAUACUCCGAUUAGUUUGACUCAAACUGAGACAAGGUUGCAUACAAGCGCUGUUAGAACUUAUGAACUCUGCAAGCAGCAAUGAAUCACAUCAAAUUUGAAAAGUCUACAGUUAUUGACAUAGAUAUGGAUGCUGAUGGCGGUGAAGUUUUCAAUAUCGCCAGAGAAGAUUUAGACAAGAAAACCCAUUUUAAGGUCAUCCAUUAUGUGAUGGAAGCCGGAAUCAAGUUACACUUGGAAUCUGUGACGCUGGCAUCUGCAUGCUGUAUCUAUCAUCGCUUCUUUGCCGAGUGUGAGCUGAGCAACUAUGAUCCAUACUUGAUAGGAGCUACAGCCAUCUACCUCGCCACCAAAGUUGAAGAGCAGCAUGUUAAACUUAGAGACAUCAUCAAUGUCUGCUACAGGAUUCUACAUAAAGAAGAAACUCCAUUGGAAGUUGGCAAACAAUACUGGGAACUCAGGGACAGUCUUGUCAACUGUGAACUGCUCUUGGUCCGUAUGCUCAAGUAUAACCCAAAGAUUGGUGACCUACCCCACAAGUACCUUGUACAUUACCUGAAGUCAUUGUCACACUGGAUGGACAGAGAUGUUUGGGAUCAGACACCAGUCUGUCGGACAGCCUGGGCCAUGUUGAGGGAUAGCUACCAUAGUGACAUUGGCCUGCGUACCAAACCUCAACACAUGGCCGUAGCUGUCAUCUACUUUUCUUUACAAUGUUAUGGUCUGGAGGUGCCGCUCAAUGAUGAGGCUGCCAAUCCAUGGUGGAAGGCAUUUUCAGAGGACAUCAGUGAAGAAAUCAUUCAGAAGAUCGUCACUGAACUCAUUGAACUCUACGAACUGGAUGAUAAAAGGUGACCUACAAUUCAGCUUUGUUAAAUGUGACGAUAGCAGCAGAGAUUGUGCUUCUCGCCUCUUGUGAACUUGCGUCUUAAGAACGGGUCCAAACAGUUUUACAAAAGAGCAACCAAAUUAAGGCAUAUUUUUAUGUCUUUGGAGAGUCAGGAGUGGAUUAAGCUUCAUGACGAGGAUACAAGAACAUGCCAACCAUAGCAAUUCUCCCCUAAUUCUGAUAUUACUCUGCCUCUGGUUCAACACAUCAAGAAUCUUGUUCAGAAAAUUCUACUAUCCAUAAAGCGACUUGUAUUUCAAAGGUGAUUCCAUGUUCCUAACUUUUGGAUGCAUACAGUGCAACAUAUGAGUAAAUACAGAUUGCUGGACAAGAACCAAACCUGAGUUGUGCUCCGUAAUGAAGAAUUCAACAAAUAAGCUCCGUUCCCCUUCCAGCUCCUUUCAUUCAAUUUUAUUUAAAAAAACUUGGUUUAAAGAGCAUUGUCAUCUACCUGACCCCUUUAAAUAUUGUGUUUCAUUUUAAGUGACAGAGAAGUGUUUAAUAUAAUGAGGAAGAAAAAUGUGCCAUGCCCAUGUUGAAAUAUUAUAUGGCUGUGACACAAGUUUAGUUUGAACUUGAAUCCAUUGUGUAUUUGAAUGAACUUGAGAAAAUGAUAUUCCAGAUCCCUUCUUAAUCAUGCUAUUUCCAGAUAGAUGUAAACUAAA